AUGGGUUCAGCUAUUUCUCAGCUGCCCAAACCAGCAGACACAGUUAAUAUGGAUUCGCCUCAGGCUGAAAUGGUAAAAAGUGCUUUGCAAAAUCAUAAAGUUGUAAUAUUUUCCAAAAGUUAUUGUCCUUUUUGCACUAUGGCCAAAGAACAAUUUAGAAAACUUGACAUUCCUAUUCACGUAAUUGAAUUGGAUCAACGUGAUGACGGAGAUGAGAUUCAAUCCAUUUUAGGGGAAAUGACUGGCAGUAGAACGGUGCCUCGAUGUUUUAUUAAUGGUAACUUUAUUGGAGGCGGCACCGAUGUUAAAAAGAUGUAUGACCAAGGAACUUUGCAAAAAUAUUUUAUUUAAUUUUCAAUUUGCGCACAUAUAACUUCAAUAUAGAAUUUAUGCGCACACAUAUUAAAGCAUCCGAAUUUAGUUAAAUUGAAAAUUUAAAAACGUGUUCACAAAGUAUGUUUAAAAAAAACAAAUUCGAUAAUAAAUUAAUCGUUAUCAAAUCGAAAUUAAGCCGGCAUGAAACUUGUCCGAAAUAGUUACGAUCUUCAUGGGAAAUUACUAUUGUGUUCAGCCAAUAGCAAGAGAACAAAUAGUAUUCAAUAUUUAACACGCGCUGGUUAAAGAGAAUAUUUGAAAAUCUGAUUUUUUUUUUCUUCCUUUUUGUUAAACAUGGUCGACUCAAUAACUCUCACCCGAAAUUUAUAUGAAGGUGCUUCAAGAUACUAUUUGGCUAAAGUAGAAAGAAGGUUUUGCUGUCGAAAGCUUAUUUUUGUGUUUAGAAAAACGUAGUUGCUUUCAGUUUACGUUUAACUGCGUUACGUUGUGCUCUAACCAAUUUGACCCAUUUGUAAUACCCUCCUGCAUACAAAGACUUCCAUUCUUUCAACCAAAUUUGAAAUCGAUAUUUUAAUUUUUGCGACGAUCGCGAAGGCAUGACUUAAUCAUAUCAGAAUUUCAGACUGACCAAAAGUAUAUAUACUUUGUAGGGUGCCUGAAGCAUCCUUUUGGGUGUUGCAAACACUAUGGAAAAAGAGUAUACCUGCCGUUCCUUAAUGGUGGUAAGAACAUUGUAGUCUUAGAAGCCCGACAUUAGAUAUCGUAUCGUACUCCGUGCAGAACAAUUCUUCAUUCAUGUUUCCAUUUUUUUAUGAUAGUCCUUAUGUGGAAGAGGACCCAAAAAUUGACUUAAUCUAAAUUUAGCUAAAUUAAUCUUCUUGUCAAAGCUCUCAUUAUUAUUUGUCACAAAGUACUACAAAUUAGACGGUUGCCAUACACAAAACUUACUUUUCAAAAACACCCUUGUUUCGGAGUGGUGCUCGGAAAAUAGACCAAUUUCUACCACAAAAUGUAGAAGAAAAAUCUAUUGUCAUACAUACAUUGUCAUGAGAACCCUUACCCGGAGUCGGGUACAAGAAAUAGAUGCCCAUAAACUAAUUUUGGUAGAGUUGAUUUUUUGGUGACCGACAACACCUAUGGACCAGUUUUCACUGUAAAAUUUUAAAAAUUGAAUCGUUUUGCUUUAUUAAGGUUUGUUUUGCUUAAGGUCAGUUAUUUAUGAGGAGGUUCAACACAACAUCAUGCGGAAAAAUUAUUACUCAGCGACAUUAAUCGAGAAAUUUUGAAAGUUGUAUGUUUUGUUUGCUUGUUUUCAAUUCAAAAUCGAUCGAGUCGAUUGAAUCGUUCGUGUUCAUGAGCUGCGCCAAAUUUCUUCUCGCGUCUGAAAGUGUCAAGAAAACAAUUGGAAAUCAGUUUUCCGCGUCGAUGUCGGUUCUCCUAAAGCAUCAGUGUUCUUUCGCUACCUUUCCCCCUCGUCUCAUUAUCAACAUCCUGUGUGUAGUAAGAUACUCUAGCCUUUUGCCUUAUGUGUUAUGUUGUCUUUUAUUAAAAGCCGAUGCAGUAUCGGUGACAAGCGAAUGCGUUCAGAGUGACUUAACAGAGGCCUUAGCAAAAUACCGAGGUGGGGUCAAAUAAAUCUGUAACACUACCAAACACCGAUGACCCUCACUGCGCAGACUAAUACGGGAGAGCGAUGAACAUCUCUUUCUCUUUGAUGGUAUCGAUGCAGAAAAAUCAGCUCUGCUUGAAGCUCUUAUCACCGAAUAUACAAACUGUCGCUGCCUACGCCAACUGCACCGAUUAUUUCCAAUGAAAAUGAAAAUAUAGUCCACGAGCAGAAAUUGACAAGUCUUACCUGACGACUCUCGCCCGUGUACAACGGAAGAUUUAGAUGCUCAUGGCUAACGGGAGGGUGACUAAUAGUCUUAACCCGCUUCACUGUCGACAUAAUGUCGUCUAUAUCGUGUUAUGUAUAUUUGCAUAGCAUGGCAAAUAUUUUGCUAAGAUGAAAAAUUUCUAUCCACUAAUCAUGUCCUUUAUUAGGGCUAAUUGAUCAUCUCAGCUUACUCACCUAUUUUUAUUGUUUAUGGCAGAUUGUAAGUUAUCGUUUUUUUUUAUAUACAUUUUUUUCCAUAUUUCGUUUAUACAUGUAUGUGACUUUUUGCAGAUAAAUGACACUCCUUCUAUUACAUAAGUUUCACAUGAUAUAAACAUUUGUAAAUUUUAUACUAAAUUUCAGAUUAGACCAUCAGUUAAAAGAAUACUUCAAGCAAAUAAAAGAACCAAGAUUUCCAAUGUCUUAUCACGGGUUUUGCGUUUGUGGGCGUGACGAUAGCACACGAUAUAAAUAUGUGUCAAGAGGCGAACAGAAUUAAAUUGAUGAAAAUCUCAUAUAUCUCAGAUUUAGUCCUACUGGUUGUGCAUCUUAGGUCAUCGUCUGGAAUUUUUAAUUUCGAUCUUGUAGACUUUUAGAACUGCUUCUCUGAUCCCCUACUAUAAAAACAUUUCUUUUGUCGCAUUUAACACAAUUGUCCUCUUACCUUUUACCAGAGUGGAUAAUAGUUGCGAAGAUGUUUGGUUUGUCUCUAUGUGGUUAUAUUUUGGAGAAUAUCGUGUUGGUAUGAAGAGGAAAAAAGCAUAAUCACUAAAUAACCUAGUAAUAAACGGUAAAAAAAAUUAUGCUGUAAGCAUAAUUGAGGCUGAUUUACCGUUCUCAUUAUCGAGCUAUCGUACGAUGCGAAAAACAAAAACAAUAGGAUCGCUGAUAGGAUAGGCUGAAGAUACUCGAUUACUUUCGUAUUAAAUUUGGCUUUUCGCUCGUGCAACGGACUAUUUAUUAUAUCAUCGCUAUGCAAAGAGGACGAAAAAAAGUAAAUAAACAAACUAAGUAUAAAAUUUGAAAAAGAUGCUAGUGGAAGAAUAUUAUACCAGAUAAAUAAAUUUCAAGUCUUAAAGCGGAAAAAUCUAUGACUAUCGGCUUUAUUGAAAAAAUCUACCGCACCUCAGAUCCGCGACCAUGGAGUUCUUAGUCUUAGAUCCUUUGUUUACUCUGCUCUACUUUAAUAAGUUGAUGAUAUCACUAUUUAUUUAAAUUUUCGAGUUCUUUUUUCUUAAUAGUUAAUUUUUAUAACAUCUACAAGUAUGAAGCGGCACCCUUUGUCCGUUUGGUGCGUUUCCUUAUCCAUUUUAUGUUUUUCUUCCGAUAGUCCCAACGACUGUCACUCAUCUGCUUUUUAAACCCCUUCCUGAGGCUGUGUUGGUCGAAUAGGUGAAGAAGAUUCUAAUUCCAAAGUACUUACUUAGUCGUUACCACACAUUUCUUCCUUAUUCCCUAUUCAUUUAUCUCUUCUAAUUUUAUGGUACCAAUAGGUAAGUAAAAGCAUCGAAAAUAAUUAUUUGAUUUUAUUUUGCAAAGCAAACACUCAUACACUAUCUACCGGCCUCUGAUCUACAUCUUAAAAAAAAAAA